AUGGGCUGGUUCGACAACGACUCUGAUAAGCAGGAGGCCUAUGACCAAGUCAUAAACGCCCCUCGCGAAGCCAAGCUGUCGCACGAGCUCAUCGCCGCAGCUGCUUCGUAUGAGGCUGCUAAGUCAUACGAGGAUCAUGUCGCACAGAAUGGUCAACCUGAAAAUCACGCCAAAGCUAAGGAAAUGCUUGCUGCCCUAUCUGGUGCAUUUGUCGACCGCAUGGUGGAAACCAAGGGCUUGGACUUCGUCGACCGCAAGAGAGCAAAGCAUCAUGCCCGUGAGCAACUCAAUGAAGCGUCAGCCCAGGACUAUUGA